AUGGAUAUUAAUAAUGUCGGCUCGCACCUGGUUCCAAUUGCUCCUGCGCCGGCUCAGGAACCAUACUUCGUUGUCCAACAUAGCCAUGGCCACGAAUUGCCCACAAUGCGCUUCAACUGCCAAGCUUGUGUGCGCAAGAAAACCAGAUGCGAUAAGACGGUGCCGGCAUGUUCGAGUUGCAGUAAAUCAAACAUCCAGUGCGUCUAUCUGGGUCCCUUGUCACGAAAGAGACAGCGAAGCCAGCGCGAAGACGUACAUGAGCGAUUGGCGCGGUACGAGCGCAUCUUGAAAGACAAUAAUCUUCUCCCUAUAUCCUCUGCAUCGACCUCCUACAGCCAGAAGACGGAUGCAUCUGCGGUCAGCACACGGAACCCAACCCCAAUUCCGGACCCGCAACCCUCCAGCUCAGGUAAACUUCUGUCCGCCGACGGUAAGACUCGAUUCAUUGACAGUGUUCUCCUUGAUGCUGAAGAUGGCGACCUGUGCGAAGUAUCCGAGUCCGACCAGGAUGAACGCCACUACGAGGACAUCGGAGCUGAUGAGGGCACCCCGACAGGUCUUCUGGGAGUUCUCGCGGCACACACCAUCUCUGGGGCUAUACUCGGAAACACGCAGAGCAUCACUGGACAACAUCCCGGCCACGAGGAUGCAACUAAGCUCUGGAAUGUGUAUGUGCAAAACGUGGAUCCUCUAUGCAAGGUUCUUCAUAUUCCGACUGUCACAAAAAUGGUUGACACCAUUUCAAAGCAACCUUUCGUGGCCUCGAAGAGCGACGAAUGCCUACUAUUUGUCAUCUACUAUUUCGCCGUGUUCUCUAUAUCGGAAGCUGAUUGUCUGCAAGAGUUCAACGAACCGAGGAAAAAUUUGAUGUUAAGAUAUCGCACCGCUGUGCAUCAAGCACUUAUCAAUGCAUCGUGGCUGAAAACGACAUCAAUGCCGGUACUACAGGCUUAUAUACUAUUCCUCAUUGCCUUGCGCACCCAAAUCGAUUCCGAUACGUUUUGGAUUUUGACCGGUAUUGCCAUUCGCCUCGCCCAACGUAUGGGGCUACACCGUGACGGUGAAAACCUCGGACUGCCACCCUUUGAGGUCCAGAUGCGACGACGACUUUUUUGGCAACUACUUCCGCUGGACAGCUAUGCGGGUCAGGUUUCCGGCACUGGUAUCGUUAUAUCACCGAACAGCUGGGAUACUAAACGACCCUUGAAUAUAAACGAUGAUCAAAUUUUCCCUGGUAUGACGGAGCCGCCCCUCGAACAAAGAAACGCCACAGAAAUGAUUUUCUGCCUAUCUCGGAUCGAACUGUCCAAUUUCUAUACUCAAACUGGCAUCAAAUUGAAAGAAAUCGGUGGCACAAUUCAAUUCAGGGAUACAAGGGACAUUGAGAGACUUAUUAAUGAGGUCGAAGAUCUCAUCGAGACUAAAUUUCUUCGAUACUGCGAUAUCCUGAACCCGUUGCACUUUUUCACCACUGGAGUCGUCCGAUCUGCGACAAAUGCUGUUAGGUUGCGGGCCCGAAUACCGCUGCUGAUGACGCAAACUACCACAGAUGUGCAAAGGAGGGAUAUUUGUGCGCUCGCAGCAAAAAUCCUCGAUACAACCAGCGCUAUCUAUAGCAACCCUGAUAUGCAGAAGUAUCGAUGGCAAAUACAAGCUUUCUUCCUGUGGGAUGCUCUUCUCUGUAUCCUACGUAGCCUCACAGAUGUCGGAGUCUACUCAGCCUCGGAGGUUAAUACUUCUUGGAACAGAGUUGCAGAUGUCUAUUCAAAUCACGAAGAACUUGUUAAGGGUAGAAGAACCCUGCACGUUACAAUCGGCAAGAUAACUCUCAAGGCCUGGCUUGCGAAUCCCCCAAGUCAGUCGUCACCAGAGCCACCUUUCAUACUCGCGCUGCGUGCCCAGUAUGAGCCGGAACCGAGCAGGCAGAUGGAGAGCGUGGCCGAAAAAAGGGAAACCACUAAGACCGUGGACGGCGUAUAUGGGUUUGAUGUUUUUAGCAAUAUUGAUGGGACAAGCUUAGAUUUGAAUGGUGGUUUCGACCCUUCAGAUUGGGUUUUCUGGGAUCAGCUGCGUUGA